AUUAAUUGUCGCAAUUGUCUUUGCUAUUCCAACCACUUUUUCUUGUGGAAUAGACAUUGAGAGCUAUUUAAAGAGCAACAAUUUUUUUCAAAACAAAUUCACUUUUAUCUUGUAAAUUGUUUUAAUCAACCAAAUUAAAUCUAAAGUGAUCAACAUUAAUUAGUUAAAUUGUUUAUUACAUUAUUUGUGUUGAUUGUGUAACAACCUGUUGAUUUGAUUUCAUCAAUUUGUUUGUUUGUUUUUUCAUCAAUUGUCAUUUUUGUUUACUUUCAGUGUUUACUUAUUUUCUGGCCUCUUAAUUGUUGAAAUAAUAGUUUAAUUUACUUAGUAAAUCAGUUCAAUUAUUCACAAUUAACAGAUUUACACAUUGAAUCAGUUUGUUGAAUCUUCUAUCUCUCAAUUCAAUGGAUUUGAAUUGAAUUUUCGUCACAAUAAUUGGUUUUACUUUUAUUUUUCUUCUUUUCUUUUCUCUGCUGUAUGUAAACUCUUAUAACAAUCCAGUCAAUCAACUCGGUGUAUUGGAACUUUGUAAACAAUUUAAAUUGUGUAUUUACCUUUUUGGGGGCUCAUUAAAUUAGAGAUAAAAUUUAAUGUUCAUCUCAGAUAACAGUAUCAUCACCAGUGUUUCCCAUUCAAUUUUAAUUCUAUUUUCUAAUCAUCAAGUUCAACCCUAAUUGUUUUGCUAUCCUGUGAACAUUAUCACUCAAUCGGCACCAGAAAAAAACACUCCAAUGGAUUCAUUGGAUCUGCGUUUGGAUCAAGCACUUUUAGUUGCUCAAAAUUUGGACUAUCCUUUGCCGAUCACCGUUUGGAGUCAAGUCGAUGCUUGUUCAAAUUGUUCUUACCUUUAUCAGACUACCGUUGAUCCUGGAUCAACGGGCAAUAUAAUCAUCGAUACUCGAUACAAAGUGACCUUACAAGUUCGCGAUGGUUCCUCGUCCAUAUUAAGUGAUCUAUCGACUAUUAACUCCAAUAGUAAUAUUAAUGAGACUCUAUGUGAUUUACCUUACCGAUGGUUCACCGAUCAAGGUGUUUAUCAAUUGAAUUUCACAUCACCAAAGGAGCAAAUUAAAAGCCAAUGUUCAAUUUCCGUCCUUAAAUCAGGACGAAAUGAUUUAAUUCCAAUAUAUUGUGCAAUUAGUUUUUACACUCUGAUAAUUCUUGGAUCGUACAUUUAUCGAAGGCACUUUUCCUCCCGUCGAGUUGAUAUAACAGAUCAAACUAAACCUCAACGUCUUAGAUCACUAGAUGCGUUUCGAGGACUGACAAUGAUAAUGAUGAUUUUCGUCAAUUAUGGUUCGGCUGGAUAUGCGUUUUUGGACCAUGCCCCCUGGUUCGGGCUUACGAUUGCCGAUGUUAUAUUCCCUUGGUUCAUUUUCAUAAUGGGUGUCAGUCUUUCACUCAGUAUUGAAUCACAAGUGAAAAGAGGAAAUCAAUCAAUUACCUCAAUUUGGCUCAAGAUUGCAAAUCGAUCAGCAAAACUUUUCGUUAUUGGACUUUGUUUGAACUCGAAAAACAGUUAUUUAACUUCACUUCGUAUUCCUGGAGUUUUACAAAGAUUCGGUGUUAGUUAUUUCGUUGUGGCCACAAGUCGAUUAUUCAGUAUUGUACUUUAUUCGAAAGUUACAAUGUCCACCGAUGAUGAACCACCGGUCACUUUGACGACACUUAAAAGUAUCGCCAUUUUCCUUCCAGAAUUGUCUGUCUAUACAAUCUGUUUAAUUAUCUACUUUUGGGCAACCCUAUUCUGGGAAUAUGAUCCAUACUGUCCAAAGGGUUACCAAGGACCGGGUGGACUUCACAAUUUAGGAACAACUUUCAAUUGUACCGGUGGAGCAGCCAAUCGAAUAGAUAAAAUUGUCCUAACCGAGAAUCACCUCUAUCGAACUGCAACUUCGAAGGAAAUUUAUCACAAUGACCUUAGGCACGAUCCAGAGGGUUUACUAGGAUUUGCCAAUUCGAUUGUGUUAACGGCCAUCGGUUCAUUUAGUGGUCGUGUCAUUUUGUCCACUAAAUGUUCACGGCAACGAAUAUUAAUCUGGCUCUCGUCAAGUCUAAUCUUAGGUUCGAUUUCAGUGGUAUUGUCACAAACUGAAUUAAUUCCUAUCAUUAAAAAUCUUUGGUCAUUUUCAUUCAUAACUUGCACUGGAUCGAUGGCACUAAUUGUUUUGACUCUAUUUUACUGGUUGAUUGAUGUCUGGGGAAUUUGGGAAAAUGGUAAACCUUUCAUUUAUCCAGGAAUGAACCCAAUAUUGCUUUACAUUGGCUCCUAUGUAUUACAAGGUUACUUUCCGUUUUAUUUUGGUGUUGACGAAACCACUCACAGUCAACAAUUAGUACGAGUUUUAAUUGCAGUUAAUAUUUGGUUCAUUAUUAGUUACUAUCUUGUCAAAAGAAAGUUUUUCAUUUCUCUUUAAUAAUUUAUUCAAUCAAUGUAAUCAAACUGUAAACAUCAUAAUCUAGACGCACUUAAUUUGAAUAAGUGUCAAAUCGAGUCCCUUUUAUUUUAUUGUUAAUUUUAUCACAUUUUUUUCAUAACUUUUUUCGAGACAUUAAAUUAAAGUAAUCUACAAUUAAGAAAAUUUUGA